GUGGCGUCAGUACGUGCAGAGCUCGCGUGCCCUUGGCUUUUAUUAACGACAGAAUCAUAUGGUAUCACAUGCACAGGAUGGGUUUUCUUCUAUCUAAAUCUAUGGAUCAGAGUCUCCAGAAGCAGCAGGAGUUUAUGUUGAUCAGCGGAAGAAUGCAGAUGGAGCGUCAGAUGCUGAUGCAGAAUGAGAUGCGUGAGCGCCAGACGGCGAUGCAGAUCGCCUGGUCUCGAGAGUUUCUCAAGUACUUCUCUUCUUUCUACGGUUUAACUGCGCUGGGUCUCAUCGUCGGAGCGGUGCGACAGAGGAGGGCAGUUCUCCUGGCUCCGGUCGUUCCCCUGAGCUUCAUCCUGGCGUAUCAGAUGGACAUGGCGUACGGGUCGCUGAUCCACCGCAUGAGAGCCGAGGCAGAGAGCAUCAUGGUUUCUGAGAGUGAGCGCCUAGAUCUUCCUCACGGGCUGCCCACGUUUGAGAGCAUUGAGAAAUCCCGACGAUCUCGAGCUCACCUGACGUCUCUGCUGGAGAAAUGAGUGCCAGUCCUGAUCAGUCCUGAUGAAUCCUGACAAACUCUGACGAAUCCUGACGAACACAAACCCUGGCGAAUCCUGACUAAUACUGAUCAGUCCUGACGAUCCUGAUAAAUCCUGACUAACCUUACGAAAUCCUUACAAAUCCUGAAGAAUACGAGUCUUAACAAAUCGUUUCGAAUCCUGACGAACACAAAUCCUUAAGAACACGAAUCCUGACUAACCUUGGCGAGUCCUGAUGAAUCCUGAAAAUCCUGACGAACACGAAUCCUGACAUACUUACUAAUCCUGAUGAACACGAAUCCUGACGAACCUUAAUGAGUCCUGAUGAAUCCUGUCGAACAAAAUACUGACGAACCUUGACGAAUCCUUACGAAUCCUGACAAACACAAAUACUGACAAUCCUUGACGAAUCCUGAUAAAUCUUGAAAUUCCAGACGAACACGAACCUUGACGAAUCCUAGAAAUCCUGACGAACAUGAAUCCUGACAAAUCCUUACGAGCCUUGACGAAUCCUGACAAACACGAAUACUGACGAAUCUUGACGAAUCCUGACAAAUCUUGAAAUUCCUGAUGAACAUGUAUAUCCUGACAAACACGAAUCCUGACAAAUACUUACGAAUCCUGAAAAUUCUGACGAAUAUUGAAAAUCCUAGUAAACAUGAAUCCUGACUAAUCCUGAAAAUCCUGACAAAUCUUUACGAAUCCUGAUGAAACUUGACGAAUCCUGAAAAUCCUGACGAACCUUAACGAAUCCUUACGAACCUUGACAAAUCCUGAAAAUUCUGAUGAAUCCUGAAAAUCCUGACGAACACGAAACCUGUCAAAUUCUUACGAAUCCUGAAAAUCCUGACGAAUCUUGAGAAUCCUGACGAACAGGAAUCCUGAAAAUCCUGACGAACACGAAUCCUGACAAAUCCUGAUGAACACGAAUCCUGAUGAACACAAAACCUUGACGAAUUCUGAAAAUCCUGAUCAGUCCUGACGAUCCUUAUGAAUCCUGACGAACCUUAACGAGUCCUGAAGAACCUUGAUGAAUCCUGACUAACGUUACGAAACCUGACAAGCCCUGACGAACACGAGUCCUGGCAAACCUUGACGAAUCCUGACGAACACAAGUCCUGAUGAACACGAGUCCUGACGAACACGAGUCCUGGCGAAUCUUGACAAGUCCUGGCGAACACGAGUCCUGGCAAACCUUUACGAGUCCUGGCGAACACAAGUCCUGACGAAAUUGCCGAAGGUGAGCGUAGUGACCCAGGAGUAUACGAGUGUUCGGCUGCUCUAGCAGUGCUCCAGCCAAACGCCAGUGCUUCCGUUGAGCUUUGUGUGAUCGGUUGAUUCUCAGGUGUUUCUUCACACAUAUUGCCAAAUUAUUUAUGCUUUCAAAAUGCCUGAAAAGAAAGAUAACAUGAUUAAAAUAUACUGUGUUAGUAUUGUAUAUUUCCUAUACACUCUAUUAUUCAUGGUUGUAAUGGAGUGUACAACAGUGUUUAAUUUACAUUGUGAUCAUGACUGUUGUGUCCAACAAUAAACAUUUAAAGCAGUUUUUAAUGUUUAAUUUUCCAUAAUAUGUUAUUAAGAUGAUUAUUUGUGAGUGUCAUGCAUAAACAAAAUAUUCAAUUAGGAUAUUAAAAUAUAUAUGUAUAUAUAUUUAACAUUUGAUCAAAAUGAAGCCAAUGUCUGUUCAAGAAAAUAAAACCGAUUGUAUUUUGUUUGGGA